AUUACGUAAAUACUUUGUUGACGUGGCCUAAGCAGUGGAAACAGUGGUUAGCGCAUAGGUAAGAAGCCAAACAGCGAUAGGGUGAAAGCGCAAAUAAUCCGUCGGUUAUGGCAUUUACUGUGGACCAUUAACCAGACUGGUUUCUCUUUUAUCAGAUUGAAGGAAAUGUCCAGUAGAAGUCAACACUAUGGGUUCCAGUCAGCCACCAUGGUGCAGCCUGCCAAAGGCGGCCAUGCCUACCUGUUUGGAACCAACGGCUCAGAGAACGACCUGUCAGAGGACGAUGGAGAAAGCUAUGAGCUACGGCCACGUGGUAAAGAGAGGCUGCGGAACAGCACCUCCAAGGAGCGACUGGAUGAUAUUAUCUACCUUAGCAGAGACAUCCAGGAGGGGGACACCCUGAACAGCAUUGCCCUGCAAUAUCAUUGCACAGUGGCUGACAUUAAACGAGCCAACAACCUCCUGGCAGAACAGGACUUCUUCGCUCUACGCUCAAUUAAGAUUCCUGUGAGGCGCUUCAGUGUCCUCACAGAGACUCACAUCGGCGGUCCUCCCAAACCUGCCUCACCCACUGGGGCCAGACGGGUGCCCCAGAUUUUACCCGCAGUGCCUCUCCCCACAGAGUCCUCCACAGACUCUAGUUCUUCUUCUGACAGCGUUGAAGGAUUCCUCCUAGAGAAGGACAAGGACAUUGAGCAGCUGGUGAAAUCCACAGGACCGUCUCGGAGCAGCCUCAGCGAGGUUGUGUCAUCCUUGACAUUGCAGCAGCAGCAGCCGCUGCUGGGAGAAGUAGAGUAUAACCCAGUACAGAGAAAGGACCCCUAUUAUGGAGCAGACUGGGGCAUGAGAUGGUGGACUGCUGUGGCCAUUAUGCUGUUUGUCGGCAUCGUCACACCUGUGUUUUAUCUGCUUUACUACGAGGUUCUUGUAAAAUCUGAUGUUAGCCAUCAUGGCGUUCCCACCCAGACCUACGGCGAUGGGCAACACGAACAGUUAAAAGGUAAAACCUUGGACUAUCCUGGAGAGGACGGCCAUCCUGGGGAGGGACAUAAACAUGCAGUCAAAGCAGAACCGCAGAGAGACGGUGUGGAAAAAGCUGCAGCUGCUGAAGAGUCAUUGUUAAAAAAAACAUAGCAGUACUUUGAUUUCCACAUGUAAUAAACUCAAUGAAUUAAACUUUCCCAUUUUCAAAGAGUCUUGAUAAAAAUAGUACAAUAUGAUUUGCAGGGAUGUAUUGAAAACAGUAAAGGUUGACAAAUGGGUUGUGUUGCAAUACUUUAUCUCUCACUCCAUCCAUUUCUGCUUUUAAAUUAUGAGCAUUAAGGGGCUGAAAGAAAAACCUCAAAUUUGAGUACCCAGUCAUCUGUAACAGUUAUUGACACUAACCAGUAUGAAUGGUAUUUUUUUGUCACUUAUGCUGGUGCACUUUAAGCCAGCUGUAAUUAGGUACAUUAUUUCCCUUAUUUAUUUAAUAAGUCAGUGGCUGUGUCCUCAAACAUCAGUGGAUCAGUGGUGGCAUUUUUGUCCAAACCAUAGUAACUUUAUUUGCAAUGGUAGAGUGCUUCCACUGUGGUUGAUUAGAAUUAAUUUAUUGUGAAAACAGAGCAUUUGUUUUCCUUGAACUAUGAGUAUUAAAAUGCCAGUUGAAACGUUGAUUUUGUCUCUGUUUUAGCUAGCUGUUGAGAACCGAGAGCUUGUUGGGGAGCAAGUUCUGACUUACAUGUGACGAUGUAAACUUUUAGACCUUGUUAUAUAGCCCUUUUAUUUCAUCACAGUGUUACCUUGAUUUUCUCUGUCAGCAUAAUUUUGAAAUUGACAAUAUGUGCCUUCAAACCGGUCCAUCAUGAAGAAUAAAUAAAUAUAUUUUCAAUACA